AAGCAGUUUACCAGGUGUUUCGGUCCUCGAUGGUUUGUUACUUCUCCUGCUAACAGAGUCGCGCCGCCAAUGCUUGAACGCGUCCUGCUAAUCGCAAGACAAACCCCGUUUCUGUCAGCUGGAGACAACGGUAUCUUAUCUAUUUAGUUAUGCAUUUGCGUCGUCUAUGGUAAUAAGUGCGUCAGUGCGGCUGUGUUUGAUCAAUGGAAGUGGAUGAUUUUUGAGUGUGCUCUCCCAGUGCGAUGGUGGUUAGAAUAAUUUUAAAUGUGCGGAGUGUGGCAGUGCAAGAAGGAAAAUCUCAUGGUGACAGUGCAAAUGAGUUGUUUACGUCGGGCACAUUUUCUGCUAAAAUAUAAAUUCACACGUUCAUGCACGCAUUCUUGAGUAAAUCAUUACCACAAAUUUUUAAGAUUAUUGUGCGAAUAUUUUUAUCUGGAAAUACGUAUUUGUUACACUAGGGCACCUACGCUUUAUAAACACUGUUGGAUACAGAUCUAAUUUCUUUGAGCGUUUAAAAAUUGAAGUCGCUGGAAAUUCCACUCGGCAAGUGCAGUUUAAAACUAUGUGUUCCAUCAAACGAAGUUGACGCAGUUGAAAAAAAAUUCGUAGUUGGUGCCUUGAAUUUGAUGAUAGACCACUGGAGCAGGUUGAAGCCGCCGUCAAAAUAUGAUUAUUCAAAGCAGAGACCCUGAGAGUAUGAUGGAUACUAUUAAAGAUGAAGAUACACUGGAGGAUCAUAACGAUACAAGUAGGACAGUAAUCCAUAGAAAAAGCUCCUUGGCGUUGACACCAGAAGACGAACCUUUGGAAUACAACAGAGGUCCCCAAGAAGUGAAGUACGGUUUUUUACUACCACCAUCGCGAAGUCCACCCAAGGUGUUACUAGUUUUCUCUCAGUCAGAUACGGUCUCGGAUACUCAAACAAGGGCAGCUGAAAAAGUGGGAUUUGAAGUUACUCACGUAACUAAUGAAGAUGCCGCUUUAGAACAAUUUCAGCAGAAAGCACACGAUCUUGUUAUAGUGGAUACUCGAACACCGAAAGCAAUCGACUACACUACAUUAUGCCGAUCAAUCAGAAAUACGAGAGGAAAUCAACAUGCGGCGUUAGUAGCUGUUGUACGAAAAAGCACGUUCGAAAAAGAUGAUGUAGCAAUUAUGGCUUUGCUCGAUUCGGGAUUUAAUAGGUGUAUUAUAGAAAAUACGAAUAUAAUUUCUGCGGUGAAUGAGAUUAUCCAACUGAAACACAGCGACAUGCAGCCUAUGGCACAACAUGCAACUUGCCAGUCUGUGUACGCAGCCCUGGAAAAAUGUAAAGAUGUAGUUAUAAUUACAGACGAAAGUUACAGGUGCCAGUACGCAAAUCGAGCUUGUGAAAAAUAUUUAAACAUACGUCCUGAAGAACUCGUAGGUAAAACACUUCAGGAGCAAUUAGCGCACGACACUCUACAGAUAACAACAAUGGGUUCAUCUCUGUUAAGAGGAAGAGAAUGGAAUGGGGCCCUGACUUUAAAGAAAAAAUCAAUGGAUCCUAUAUUGUCAUCUUGCAGAGCUGUACCAAUUUCCUCUGCCGGAAGAACACCAACCCACUUUGUUUUGGUUCUCGAUACUUCACAUAGUUAUGAUGCAUUAGGACAAUCAAGAGGUAGCGUCCACUCAAUCAGAAGAGGGUCAACCGAUGUUAGAAGCGUUAAUAGUGACUAUUAUAGAAGGACUUCCCUAGCAAAAUUGAAUGCGUUGCCACUCGAAGCUCCAAUAACUAAAUUAAUCUCUCUUCUUGACCAAGCGAAAGACGGUUGUGGAUCAAACCCUCAAGUAUUGCAGUUAUUAGAUAAAGUAGAAGAUAUCUUGCGAACUCCAGAAUUGUAUGCACCGAAUGUUAAAGAAGACAGAAACGAGGAGCCUAUUGUGUCAGAACUCAUCACCGCCCUUCUUUCGAAACAAUCCCAGCCUUCUUUAGUUGUAUCCUCUAGAAGGAGCAGCAACGAUUCUUCGGUUUAUCGACCAUCUAAAGGCGGCGUAAUAAAAGUUCCUGCUGCUUUGAAAGAGCUGCUUGACACAUCAUUAUCAUGGGAAUUUGACAUAUUUCGACUGGAGGAACUCACAAAGAAAAAACCAUUACAGUAUCUCGGAAUGAAUUUGUUUACUCAUUUUGAAGUCUCCGCAGUUUUAAAUUGCGAUGAAAAAACACUGUAUAAUUGGCUCAUUAUAAUCGAAGCGAAUUAUCAUGCAGAUAACACAUACCACAAUUCCACACAUGCCGCCGACGUAAUGCAGGCCACUGCAGGUUUUCUUGAAAGAGAGAAAGUAAAAUCAAUUAUGGACUCGCUAGAUGAAGCUACAAGUUUAAUAGCCGCGGCAGCUCAUGACGUCGAUCAUCCUGGCAAAUCUAAUGCCUUUUUGGCCAAUUCCGACAAUCCAUUAGCUAUAUUAUAUAACGAUAUCACUAUUUUGGAAUCACAUCACGCUGCUUUGAUGUUCAAGUUAACCUUAGGUGACGAUAGAGUUAAUAUUUUUAAAAAUUUAGAUAAGGAAACAUAUAAAAUAGCCAGACACAAUGUUAUAGACAUGAUUUUAGCAACGGAAAUGACAAAGCAUUUUGAACAUUUAGCCAAAUUUGUUAACGUGUUUUGCACUAAAUCAUCAAGUGAUCUAGAGGUUGAUGUACAAGAAUAUCCACAACUGAACUCGCCAGAAAAUAUUACCCUGAUUAAACGUAUGAUGAUUAAGUGCAGUGAUGUAUCCAACCCUACUAGACCUCUAAGGCUAUGUAUAGAGUGGGCUAGAAGAAUUGCAGAAGAGUAUUUCCAACAAACAGACGAAGAGAAAGACCGCGGUUUACCUGUUGUCAUGCCCAUGUUUGAUAGAUAUACUUGUUCCAUUCCAAAAUCGCAAAUAGGCUUUGUUGACUAUAUCAUUAACGAUAUGUUCGAAGCCUGGAAUGCCUUUAUUGAUAUGCCAGAUUUGAUCUCGUAUAUGAGGCAAAAUUACAUCAGAUGGAAAGAAUGUGACGAACAAGGUCUCAAUACUUUAACUGAUAUUAGUAGACUUCAAAGUAGCGUACUUAUGUGUCCUAUGUUUCCUAUCAAGUCUUCGAAAUCUAACUGAUAUAAGCUUUGCCGUCACCACGAUGACGCCAGUAAAUCAAUAUCUUUUCAUUAAAAGAACUGUGAACGUUAAUUAAAAAGUGUGCAUAUCGUCUUACUUAUAUUUAUAUAUAUUUAUACAAUAUAUACAUUUAUAGUAUAAAUAAAAUAUACCUCAUUAUUUAAAUAAUAACAUGUUAUGCAUGCUGGCCGUGCAUAUCCAAUUUUAAAAGUUAAGUAUUUUAGUAAUAAAUUAUUUCCUUACUUUUAUUAUGUUUUAAUAACUACUAUAAAUGUAUUAUGAUGUUCUUACUGUUUUUUAUUAAAAAUGUAUUGAUGUGUAA